CUGAAUCGCUUGCACCCCACCCCCGAAAUUUAGAAAGACCCGCUGGUCUCGCGAUUCAUCUGCUCCGCUCGACGCUAAGCCCUAAUUUAUAUUUCCUUGCGAUUCGCUGCUCUAGCGAUUUGUCUGCUCCGCUCGACGCCGCUUGAGGAAGAUUCGUUCGCGGUUCUCCUGCUUCGAUAGGUCGCGCUCCGACUUCUGUGAGGAAGAGUCGUUCACCUGCUCGGCUGCUCCGCUCGACCGCUCCAGAGAGGAAAAAAUUCUAAAGAGAAGUAGCAAUGGGAAAGGAGAAGGUUCAUAUCAACAUUGUAGUAAUUGGUCAUGUCGACUCUGGGAAAUCAACCACUACUGGUCACCUCAUAUACAAGCUCGGUGGCAUCGAUAAGCGUGUUAUCGAGAGGUUUGAAAAGGAAGCUGCUGAGAUGAACAAGAGGUCAUUCAAGUACGCUUGGGUGCUCGACAAACUCAAGGCCGAGAGAGAGCGUGGUAUCACCAUUGAUAUUGCCUUGUGGAAGUUUGAAACCACAAAAUAUUAUUGCACUGUCAUUGAUGCCCCCGGUCAUCGCGAUUUUAUCAAGAAUAUGAUCACUGGAACUUCUCAGGCAGACUGUGCUGUACUCAUUAUAGAUUCUACCACCGGAGGUUUUGAAGCUGGUAUCUCCAAGGAUGGUCAGACUCGCGAACACGCCCUUCUUGCUUUUACUCUUGGUGUCAAACAAAUGAUCUGUUGCUGUAACAAGAUGGAUGCCACCACUCCCAAGUACUCAAAGGCUAGAUAUGAUGAAAUUGUAAAGGAGGUGUCUUCCUACCUGAAGAAGGUUGGUUACAACCCAGAGAAGAUCCCCUUUGUGCCAAUCUCUGGUUUUGAAGGUGACAAUAUGAUUGAGAGGUCAACAAAUCUCGAUUGGUACAAGGGCCCUACCCUACUUGAAGCCCUUGACCUGAUCCAGGAACCAAAGCGUCCCACAGAUAAGCCGCUUCGCCUUCCUCUGCAGGAUGUCUACAAGAUCGGCGGAAUCGGAACCGUCCCCGUCGGCCGAGUCGAAACCGGAGUCCUCAAGCCAGGAAUGGUUGUCACCUUUGGCCCCACCGGCCUUACAACUGAAGUCAAGUCAGUUGAGAUGCACCAUGAGGCUCUUCAAGAAGCCCUUCCAGGGGACAAUGUUGGCUUCAACGUCAAGAAUGUUGCAGUGAAAGACUUGAAACGUGGAUUUGUUGCUUCCAAUUCCAAGGAUGAUCCAGCCAGGGAAGCUGCCAACUUCACUUCCCAGGUCAUCAUCAUGAACCACCCAGGCCAGAUUGGCAAUGGCUACGCUCCAGUUCUCGACUGUCACACCUCCCACAUUGCUGUAAAGUUCGCCGAGAUCUUGACCAAGAUCGAUAGGCGCUCCGGUAAAGAGCUCGAAAAAGAGCCGAAAUUCCUGAAGAAUGGAGAUGCUGGAUUUGUGAAGAUGGUUCCUACCAAGCCCAUGGUUGUUGAGACUUUCUCCGAGUAUCCGCCGCUUGGGCGGUUUGCCGUCAGGGACAUGAGACAGACGGUUGCUGUGGGUGUUAUCAAGAGUGUGGAGAAGAAGGAUCCAAGUGGCGCCAAGGUUACCAAAUCUGCUGCGAAGAAAAAAUGAAACGAGGAGAGGUUCUUUGUUGCUAGCAUAUUAGUGGUGGUGUGGGGUGUUUGGAUGCAGAACUGGGUGCUUGACAGAAGGUGGCACUGCUCAGUUCAUUAUCUUAUUUUAUGCGUAUAUUUAUUUUGCAUUGUUGAAGAACUUUGUGGUUUGUUGUUGUAAGACGAUUUCUUUUUAUCUUUACUUUCCUGAGCUCGUGUGGCAUAUUUCGAUUGAUUUUGGUUUGUUUUGUUUCCUCA